AAAAAAUAAAGCAUGUAAAAUGGUAUUUUCCAAAUUUCACACUGAUGUGGUUAAUGCUACACGUUAGAAAAGAAAAGUGCUAUUUUCAACACUUGUUGCACAAUAUACUAAGCACAGGUACAAAACAAGAGAGAGCAUAACCUAAAAUAAAACAGUAAACACCAAACCAAAACAAAUUUUUAACAUUAUCACUUGAAAGUCUUGAAACUAAAAAAUCGAAUGCUUUUAAUAGUUCAGUGCAAUUAAGAACUCUUAAAAUGGACUCAAAACACCCUAAUCCAGAUCAUUGCACCUAUUUCGUGCAAAGGAAAAAACGAUACUGCAAAAUGUUGGUGAAAGCAGGAAAAAAGUUCUGCGGUGAACACCAUAAAGUAUCCGAUGACCCAGAUUUGACUCAGGAUAACUUGUCUGAGAUCAGAAUAGUGUGUCCUUUGGAUAAUAAACAUACUGUUUAUGCUAAUAAUCUAGAAAAACAUCUAAAAAUAUGCAACGCCCGUCCUCAAAAACAAGAACCAUACAUUCAAAAAAAUAUAAAUUCAGGUAUCCCAGAAACAUCUGUAGAAGAAGAUACGCUGCAAAUUCUAUCAUCAUUCCCAAAAGCUCAAGUGCUAACCAUAAUAGAUAGAGUCAAUAAAAUCUAUAACAACAAUAUCACUAUUUCCGGAAACCUACUAACCUUUCCAUUAAUUGAAAACGAAAUCAAACCAGAAUACGGAAAUAAAACAAAAAAACAUCUAAAACAGGCUUCAGCUAUUGUAGGUCUAUUACAAAAAUACAAAAUGCUCAAAGACAAUACGUGUUAUAUCGAAUUUGGUGCUGGUAGAGGCCAGCUAAGUUAUUGGGUAGCCAAAGCCACAGAAUCCCAAAAAAACUCUACAAUUUUGCUUAUAGAAAGAGACUCACCGAAACACAAAAAAGACAACAAACUAGCAAAAACCACUGAUCAAAUUCAAAGAAUUAGAGCGGAUAUUGCAGACAUAGUACUGGACAAAAUUGAUAUUAUUAAAAAUAGUGAACACAUUGUUGGCAUUACUAAGCAUUUGUGUGGGGCAGCUACAGAUUUGACUUUGAGAUGUUUAACAAGUACAGAAGAAACAAAAAAUAAAGUUCAUGGAACAAUUUUAACUUUCUGUUGCCAUCACCGUUGUGAGUGGACACCUUAUACUGGAAAAUCAUUUUUUAAAGCAAAUGGCUUGAGUAUUACAGACUUCAAUGUUAUGUGUCGUUUAUCAAGUUGGGCUACUUGUGGUAGCAGAGAGUUUGAAGAAAACAAAUUGACAGAUAAUGAACAAGAUUAUGGACUAGGCAAAGCUGAAAGAGAAGAAAUAGGAAGAAGGUGUAAAAACAUCAUAAACUGGGGACGUUUGAUGCAUCUAAAAGAACACAAUUUAGAAUGUUUUUUACAUUAUUAUGUAGAAACAAGUAUUACAUUGGAAAAUGUAGCACUUGUUGCAAUUAAAUCAAAAGCUGUAUAAAAAUAUUUAUUUAGAAAAAAGUACAAUGAUAAAUAUUUUGAAAAAAAUUGAGUUUAGAAUAAUAAAUAUAUCACAUUUUAGGUAUCACUAAUUCAAACAAAAAUUAGACAAAAAUAUAAAAUGUAAAAACCUCAAAAUUACAAGUAUUCUUUUAACGUGCCCCAAGAUUUCCCUGUUUUAACUUUAACAGGAAAAGCUCCGAACAUUGCGGCCGAAUUUUCCAUACCAAUUUUUAUAAUCUUAACAGUCUUAUCUAAAUAUUUAUUAGGCACUUCGUAAAUUAAUUCAUCGUGAAGAUGUAAAGUUAGUUUAGGUUUGUGCCUGGUUUUUUUAAAAACCGUAUUAAUUUUGUCUUCAAUAUUGACCAUGGCGUUUUUAACAAUAUCAGCAGCGGAUCCUUGUACUAUUGUGUUAACU